AGAAAGAUGUUCCUGAACUUUUUGUAAAGUUGAUGAGAAAUUGCUGGGAUGCAAAUCCUAGAAAUCGACCUAAAGCAGAUAAAUUGUUCAAAAUAUUAGACGAUUGGUAUUGGAAACUUUAUGAUAAAUCGGAGACACCCGAAAGUUUAGCAUUCAUGGCCUCAGAUAAUAAUAUGCCACAACCAGAUAUGAUAGCAUCUAGUAGACCUGUGACGCAGACGCACCCACUUGCCUCUUACACGAGUAGAUCGUUUAAUUUUCAAAAUCUUCCUACGCCAAAAAAUUCACCAUCAAUUAAUUAUCGAUCGAACUCCACUUCCUAUAGUAGUGUAACCCGAGGUAUAUCUUAUAGAACUGUUCUUAAUAAUGAUGAAAAUAAUGAAUGUUCAAGACAACUUGAUAAAGCAACUAUAUUAGAACCCGGAAGCACAAAAUCUGAAACUUAUGAAAUUUCAUCAAUUGAUAUUUCAGCUACAACACAAGGUAUAAUUUUAUGA